GAAUUGAGCUCGUCUGAUUCUUAGAACUGGGGUUCUUAGAAGUGGUGAUGCAAGAAGUUUCUAGGAAAGCGCUACCAGAACUUGACAAAAUGGCUUGCGCAGCAGACAGCUGCAUACAAUUCACACGCCAUGCAAGUGAUGUCCUGCUCAACCUGAACCGGCUGCGCAGCAGAGACAUCCUCACAGAUGUCACUAUCUUGGUUAACAGACAGCAGUUUCGUGCACACAAGACUGUUCUCAUGGCUUGCAGUGGGCUGUUUUACACCAUCUUUACCGACUCCCACAAGUGCAACCUUAAUGCAAUCAGUCUGGACCCAAAGGUGGAUCCAGAGGGCUUCGCCAUCCUGCUGGAGUUUAUGUACACCUCCCGUCUCACACUAAAGGAGAGUCUUAUUAUGGCGAUCAUGAACACAGCCAUCUACCUGCAGAUGGACCAUGUUGUGGACACCUGCCACAGAUUCAUCAAAUCCAGUGAUCCGACUGCCAAGCUGCCCAGAGAUGAGUUUUUGGUCAGUCCCUUGGUUUUACCUCAGGAUGUCCACGCGUACCGGCCCCAUGAUGUUGUUGACAGUUUGCACAGCCGCGUAGGUCCGUUCAGGGAUGGGAGGCCCUACGGCUCAAACAUGUUCAACGGGGUCAGCACCCCCAGCAACUACCAUCUCUACGGGCAGUUUCCCAUGCCAGGAUUCCCUUUCCCUCUCUGCAAGCUGACUGAUGCCAAAAACGCUUUUGCUGACCUCUCUAAGAGUGGUAUCCACCACAAGCAUUGUUCUCCGCAUGACAGCGCCAACAUCAUCAGGGCAGAAUACACCAGGGCGGUUGGCACCAGCUCCUCCAGCAUUAUUCACUCCACCACCUACGCUUCCAGGGAGGUAGGGAGAGACGAUGAGAUGCGGAAGGAGAGCCACGAGGGGGUCAGCCAGUCUAUCGCGCUCGGCACAAGGAAGCGUGCGUUUCCUGUGCUGACCCUCGAGCACCAGAGAGACUCGGGAAAAGAUCACGCUCCUCAGGCAGAGGAAGACCUGAUCCAUCAGCACUACCCCCUGGGAAUCUCCUCCGCUGGACGCAAGAGCCUCAUGAGCAGCCCGCAGAGCCCCCUCAAAUCGGACUGCCAGCCCAACUCCCCAACAGAGUCCAGCAGUAGCAAGAACGCCGGCCUCUCCCAAGCCGCUGUAGUGCAAGCUCCGCAAGGGACGCAGGACCCCAAAUCUCGCAACUGGAAGAAGUACAAGUUCAUCGUGCUGAAUCAGAGCGCUAAGGAGGACGAGGUGGGGCUGCGGGAUCCCGGGCUUCGGUCACCUCAGCGCCUUGGCCUGCAACCCUACCUCCACCCCAGCGACUCGGAGAACCUGGACCCACAAACCACGAGCAAGAGCAACGAUCACAGUGAGGACCUACCCGUGCCCCAGGCGAGUCGUCUCAACAACAUCAUUAACAGCGCACUGGAGGGGUCACUGAGGAACGGUGACAGCCACCCUCCGCACUACUUGAGCCGCCUCAACUGCUCGUCUUGUGGCACACCGUCCCCACAGCACUCAGAAGUGUGUCCCAACUCCUCCAGGUCCCGUCUAUCAGAGGACAUGGCAGAGCUGCACUCAGAAUACUCCGACUCCAGUUGUGAAAACGGCACAUUCUUCUGUAACGAAUGUGACUCCAAGUUUGCCGAGGACGAAGCGCUGAAACAACACAUGCUUCAAGUGCACAGCGACAAGCCAUACAAGUGUGACCGCUGCCAGGCGGCUUUCCGCUACAAGGGCAACCUCGCCAGCCACAAGACCGUCCACACAGGAGAGAAGCCGUAUCGCUGUAAUAUCUGUGGUGCUCAGUUUAACAGACCAGCUAACCUCAAGACUCACACUCGCAUCCACUCAGGAGAGAAGCCAUACAAAUGUGAGACGUGUGGAGCUCGUUUUGUACAGGUUGCUCAUCUCCGCGCUCACGUGUUGAUCCACACGGGUGAGAAGCCAUAUCCGUGUGAGAUCUGUGGAACACGCUUCCGUCACCUGCAGACGCUGAAGAGCCACCUGCGCAUACACACGGGAGAAAAGCCCUACCAUUGUGAGAAAUGCAACUUGCACUUCCGCCACAAGAGUCAGCUGCGGCUGCAUCUUCGACAGAAGCACGGCGCCAUCACUAACACAAAGAUCCAGUACCGUAUGUCGACGGCGGACAUGCCCACUGACUUGACGAAGGCGUGCUGAGCUGGAAGAAGGGAACAGUUUUAAUGGAGGCAAUCUUGACCUUGGCAUUUAAAGACCCCAACUUGUACAAUCAUCCAAAAUUGUAGUGCCACACUGUGUUCAUUAGACAAAUAAAUUGGCUGCGUACGCCAUUCUAAACGGGUUUCCACUACAUGUGAACGUAGAGCCACUUACGGCAUCUUAGUCACUUUAUUGUUUCUAUAUAGAUAUGAAUAUAUAUAUAUAUGUAUGUUGGGAGUGUUUCUAAGCUUUGAAGGUACGUAUAUAAAGCUUUAUUUUGUUGAGAAGGAUGGAAUGUAAACAAUCUGUUUUUUGAAAAUACAGUAUUUUAUAUCAGAGAACUUACUUUUCUGAAAGUGUUGAAAUUUUGAUUGACGGGUGGUACAUAUAUUUUAAGAUUACGAGAUUUGCGGCUGUAUAGAGUUGUCUAUACAUUUUUAUGUAGAUGUACGUACAUGUUGCACCAUGUCAAGUUGCCAUAUUCAUGUGAGGUGGGAGAAAAAAAAAAACGACAUAGUAAUUGGAUUCAGUCAAAACAUAUCAGAUGACUGCUGCUGCUGUCUGAUGAGGUUAUGCAUGAGGUACUCUGCCAGUUGUCAGCGCACAUGAAGUGGGCAACUGCAUAAAUAUUGUGACAUAUUGUGUAAUUAUAUCUGUGGGAUUGCUCUCUGCUGGCAGAGCCAAUCUUAAGUGUUGAGAUGCAUUUCAAGGUACUGCUUUGUUAUGACCAAGAAAAUAUUUUGCUUCAAAUGUAUUUGUAUAGAUGUGACUUUUGUUUUUGUUCAUUUGUUUUCCAUAAGUGAAGGUUUACAGUUUUUGGUCAUUGUUCUAGCUCCUACAGUAAAGUUGUGUAAGUGUCAAGGUUUUUUGUUUGUACAUACACUGUGUAUUCAAUGUGCCUUUCUCUAUGGUGUCUGAAUUCCUCUCCAUUCAGCCCAGCUCCAUCAAGGUACAACUCAAGGACAACACCUGUCCUAACCCCCCUGUGUGUAUGUGAGUGUGUGUGUGUGAGUGAGCGUGUGUAUAUAUUUUUAAAUGCUCGUCACCAACCUUAAAACAUGCAAAUUCAUCAUUGUAAAUCUUCAGGACUUGUUUUUGGAUUGGGCUUUUUUAACUGCAUUAAAAUUAUUGUACAAUGUUAUAGAUGUAUGAAUGUAAAAUAAAGGUAUUGGA